AGUGCUGAAAUGGCAGAUUCAAUCGUAAAAGAACUGGAUAUAUGUAGUGACGAUAAUCACUGGCAUUCUGAAUUUGGAAUCUCUGAUUUAUCGGAUGCACUUGUCACUCUAGUGUCCGAUCUCCGCUCAAAUCAAGAAGCCAGAAAGCUUUCUGAACAACUGACGCAUCUUGCUGCGUUGCCCUAGUACGGCUCUAUGCAACCCAAAUUGAAUUUUAAAUAUGAAAGGAGGAUGGCUGCAACAGGUGACUAUGGGGAGGACAUCCUCAACAUCCAUACCGAAGCAGCAGUUAAACGCUUGCAUUCGCAAUUUAAAUCAAAGUAUGGCAUAACAACAGAGACCUGCCCAUCUUUCAUAACCUACACGAUGAAAGCAAUAGUCGAUGGUGCUAUUGCCUUGUAUGCACAAUCAUCAAAUGAUGACGACUUCUUUCUUCUUCAUGGAGUCACAUCCGUGUGGGCUCUCAGAAGGAUGCUUCAAUACUUUGAUUCUAACAUUCAAUUGAUACAAAUUCUUGUAGCCUUUCUUAAAGCUCUCCUUUCUGUUUACAUCAUGCAAGGAAUGCCGGCACUGGUGGGGAAUUCGGUAUUGGCUGUGUCUCUGCCCAGCUGGACGGAUAUCAUCGAGAAGACUAUGGAUUGUGGUAACGAUGAACACAAGUAUAAGGUAGUCUACACGUGUUGUGAAGCAGAUAAAGUCUAUGGAUCGCCGCCAUCUCAACUCUAUAGGCUCACUGCAGCACGAAAAACAGGCUUUAUUCGAUGGCCAUCAACGUGAUGUACCUUUAGUGCAACAGCUAGCCAUAUCAUGUCUCAAGUGGAGAACAAAUUGCUGCCUAUUUUGUUUGUCAAUAUUCUAUCAACUAAUUAUAUAACAAAAUAUAAAAUACUAAC